AUGACUACCAGCGAUGAAUUCUGCCGCGAUCAUUACGAGCAUCCGUUGAUGUGGUGCGAUGAGAAAAAGCGGCUGGUGGAACGCAAGAACGCAGAGGAGAGUAUGCGUAUGUGGCGACGACGCAAAGCAGAGGAAGUGGCGCGCAAGGAAAAGGAUAAGGCUGAGUACUACGAACUCUUUGUUAAGCAUUAUCCAUGGGGUCGUCCUGGCGGUGGUGCGCCUAAUUUGGAUAUCAGACGCAAGGAUAUCACAGCCGUUGGCCUGCAUUCGACGCCCACAAUUAGCACAAUGCAUCGACUGAACUCAUGGCAACCCUGUCGCUACAACGACUACUUUUCACAACGUAAAAAGUGCCACGACCCUGCCACCUGCUACCAUCAUCAUUUGCAUCAUCACAUCCCACCGUUGCCGCCGCCACCACCACCACCUCACGUCACCACCCAUACACAUACAGUACAAACCACUACCGAAGCCUGUCAUCCAGCUGCAGGCAGCGUGCUGACCGUUUGCGAGCGUAGCGCUGGCGAUGUUGGCGUUGGCGCAAAAGUUGGUGCCACCAACACCAAAGUGACCGACAGCAGUGGUGGCAUUGGUGUUGGCCUUGGCGCCACGAAAAAUGGUGAGACUCUGCAUAUAACGCUCAAAGAUCACCCUUCAAUGUCGUUUCGCAAUAAAGGACAUCUCGACAUUGAGGUGCGCUACAAGCAGGGUGCCGGCGCUGGUGUUAAGGUGAAGCCAUUGCUUGAAAAGAUUGUGGUGUCCGAUAGCGAUAAGUGUCCGUUGGUGCAAGGCAUACAAGCAGAGCCGGUGGUGAGGGGAUCGCCGCGUAAGAAGAAACUCGUUGCCAAGCUGGAAAAGCCGCCAAGCAAGGAUCCUUGGGGUAGAGCAGGUCCGGGUGGUAAGCCGUGGCGCAGUCCGAAGGCAGUCGGUAGUACCUUCAUGAAGUCCCUGGGUUGGACCAACAAGGAGAUGCUCAAAGAUCUCGACCAGGAUAAUCCCGUCACACCGGCCGAGAAGCCGACAUUCCGCAAAGUGCGUACCAAUAAGAAAGUGCAACGCUGCUGUGAACUCUGCAUUUGCAGCUGUCCGGGCAUGGUUACCAAUAAGGGAUGCGGCGGUGGUGUUGCCGGUGGCAUCAUUCCUUUGUCGACACAAAAGAAACCACAUCAAAGCUUACCCAACAAAGGCCAAAGCAACACAACAACAGCUGCCGACUUAAAGAAAAAAUACUGCCCCCGAUUCGUCCGCCACUGUGGGCCGCCCACCAUGGACAAUAACAUUUCGAACAAUACCGAGACCAGUGCCAAUGCGGGUGGUGACGGUGUUGAACUGGUGCCAUUGUUGGCACGGCGACGCGCCAAUGCCCGCCCAGUCAGCCUGUCCAGCACGGAUGUGACAAAGCGCACUGCCUCCAAAGAUAGGUACGCAUGCAACCUGAUUAAUCGUAGCAAAUAUCUGCAGCAUUUACAACAAUUGCACUGCAACAAUAGCAAUAGAAAUAGCAAUAACAUCAAUAUCAACAACAAUAUGAACAACAGCAAUAGCAACAGCAUUAGCAAAUGUAAGAACAAACGCAUCAUCGCUAACAAAAUUUGUAAUUUUAGCAAUGCCAUCAGCUGCAAUAGCAAUAACAACAACAGCAAUGAGAAUAGUGGCAGCAGCACUUCAUGUUGCUUAAAGAAAUUCACUUUGCAUAUUCGCUAA